AAUAUCCCAAAAAAAAUUUAUCCUCUCAAACUCUUUUUUUUCUCAUUAUAUUUUACCUCUUUAAUUUUUUCCUCCACUGAAAUUCGUAGAAAAAUUCUUUUCAGAGAAAAGAGAAAGAGCAGAUUGGAUUAAGAGAUGGGAGACGAGGGGGUGAAGAACGAGGCUAUGGAGAUUAUGGGACUCUGUCAGCUGCUGCCUCGCCUUGUCGUCUUCGAUCUCGAUUACACUCUAUGGCCUUUCUACUGUGAAUGUCGGUCCAAACGUGACACUCCAAGACUGUAUCCUCAUGCUAAGGGCAUUCUGUAUGCUCUAAAGGAAAAAGGUGUUGGUAUUGCUAUUGCAUCAAGAUCACCAACUCCUGAUAUAGCCAACUCAUUUCUCGAUAAGUUGGGGAUAAAAUCCAUGUUUGUUGCUCAGGAGAUAUUUUCCAGUUGGACGCACAAGACUGACCACUUUCAGCGAAUUCAUAGGAGGACGCAAAUCCCAUACAACGAGAUGCUCUUCUUUGAUGACGAGGAUCGCAACAUAGAAACAGUAAUCUAA